CCGCGGAAGCGAAGCCACCUAGAGACGCCGCGCCGAUUGGGUUUGCUGCGCAUGCGCAGGCGGACCUCCUCAGGAGUCUUCAUCUUUGCCGCCUCAGCAGCCUUCCUGGGAUUUGAGUCUCGCGCUUUCUUCGUUCGCUCGCUGGCGCGUUCGCGCCUUUCUCGCGCCCCGGGGCAGCGAGGCUGGGGAAGGGUUGGAGGGGGCUGUUGAUCGCCGCGUUUAAGUUGCGCUCGGGGCGGCCAUGUCGGCCGGCGAGGUCGAGCGCCUAGUGUCGGAGCUGAGCGGCGGGACCGGAGGGGAUGAGGAGGAAGAGUGGCUCUAUGGCGGCCCAUGGGACGUGCAUGUGCACAGUGAUUUGGCAAAGGACCUAGAUGAAAAUGAAGUUGAAAGGCCAGAAGAAGAAAAUGCCAGUGCUAAUCCUCCAUCUGGAAUUGAAGAUGAAACUGCUGAAAAUGGUGUACCAAAACCGAAAGUGACUGAGACUGAAGAUGAUAGUGAUAGUGACAGUGAUGAUGAUGAAGAUGAUGUUCAUGUCACUAUAGGAGACAUUAAAACAGGAGCACCACAGUAUGGGAGUUAUGGUACAGCACCUGUAAAUCUUAACAUUAAGACAGGAGGAAGAGUUUAUGGAACCACAGGAACAAAAGUCAAAGGAGUAGACCUUGAUGCACCUGGAAGCAUUAAUGGAGUUCCACUUUUAGAGGUAGAUUUGGAUUCUUUUGAAGAUAAACCAUGGCGUAAACCGGGUGCUGAUCUUUCUGAUUAUUUUAAUUAUGGGUUUAAUGAAGAUACUUGGAAAGCUUACUGUGAAAAACAAAAGAGGAUACGAAUGGGACUUGAAGUUAUACCAGUAACCUCUACUACAAAUAAAAUUACGGCCGAAGACUGUACUAUGGAAGUUACACCAGGUGCAGAGAUCCAAGAUGGCAGAUUCAAUCUUUUUAAGGUACAGCAGGGAAGAACUGGAAAUUCAGAGAAAGAAACAGCACUUCCCUCUACAAAAGCUGAGUUUACUUCUCCUCCUUCUUUGUUCAAGACUGGGCUCCCACCAAGCAGAAACAGCACCUCUUCUCAGUCUCAGACAAGUACUGCCUCCAGAAAAGCCAAUUCAAGCGUUGGGAAAUGGCAGGAUCGAUAUGGGAGGGCCGAAUCACCUGAUCUAAGGAGAUUACCUGGGGCAAUUGAUGUUAUUGGUCAGACUAUAACUAUCAGCCGAGUAGAAGGACGGCGACGGGCAAAUGAGAACAGCAACAUACAGGUCCUUUCUGAAAGAUCUGCUACUGAAGUAGACAACAAUUUCAGCAAACCACCUCCAUUUUUCCCUCCAGGAGCUCCUCCCACUCACCUUCCACCUCCUCCAUUUCUUCCACCUCCUCCGACUGUCAGCACUGCUCCACCUCUGAUUCCACCACCGGGUAUUCCAAUAACUGUACCACCUCCAGGUUUUCCUCCUCCACCAGGCGCUCCACCUCCAUCUCUUAUACCAACAAUAGAAAGUGGACAUUCCUCUGGUUAUGAUAGUCGUUCUGCACGUGCAUUUCCAUAUGGCAAUGUUGCCUUUCCCCAUCUUCCUGGUUCUGCUCCUUCAUGGCCUAGUCUUGUGGACACCAGCAAGCAGUGGGACUAUUAUGCCAGAAGAGAGAAAGACCGAGAUAGAGAAAGAGACAGAGACCGAGAGCGAGACCGUGAUCGGGAUAGAGAACGAGAACGCACCAGAGAGAGAGAGAGGGAGCGUGAUCACAGUCCUACACCGAGUGUUUUCAACAGUGAUGAAGAACGCUACAGAUACAGGGAGUAUGCAGAAAGAGGUUAUGAGCGUCACAGAGCAAGUCGAGAGAAAGAAGAACGACAUAGAGAAAGACGACACCGGGAGAAAGAGGAAACCAGACAUAAGUCUUCUCGAAGUAAUAGUAGACGUCGCCAUGAAAGUGAAGAAGGAGAUAGUCACAGGAGACACAAACACAAAAAAUCUAAAAGAAGCAAAGAAGGAAAAGAAGCUGGCAGUGAGCCUGCCCCUGAACAGGAGAGCACCGAAGCUACACCUGCAGAAUAGGCGUGGUUUUGGCCUUUUGUGUCUAUUCGUACCAGAAGUAGAUACUAUAAAUCUUGUUAUUUUUCUGGAUAAUGUUUAAGAAAUUUACGUUAAAUCUUGUUCUGUUAGUAUGAAAAGUUAACCUUUUUUUCCAAAAUAAAAGAGUGAAUUUUUCAUGUUAAGUUAAAAAUCUUUGUCUUGUAAUAUUUAAAAAAUAAAAAGACAGCAAUGACUUUAUAUCCAAGAAAGGAAUGUGAAUGAGUCACUUAACAGGGAAUCCAAAGAGCCUGUGUUAGCUUUGUACCUAUACAAUAUCUGAUAAAAGGUCAAGGUUCCACCUUAACCAGUUUUUGUUGUUGUUAACCAAAUACCAGUCUUGUAAGAGGCUGUACAAGAGGCAACAAAGGGUCCCUUCUAAGGCUUGAGAUUAAAACUAGUCUUUAUCAUUACUGCUGUGACACUCUUGCUUAGUAUCUUAAGAGAAUUUUACUUACUUACACAUUUUCGAUAUCACAACUUUUUGAUGACAGCUUUUCAAUGUUCUAAAUUUGGGUUCCUGGUGAAGCUAAAUGGGGUACACUUUCAUAUCCAGAUUAAUAAAACCUAUAAGGCAUUUGGGUGGCCUCUAUGAAAUAAAUUGCCCUUAGCGUAGUUUCUAGGAGGCACAUGUACAAACACUCUUUAUUGUGACACACACAAAUUAUUUGAAUCGCCUCAUGACCAUCUAUAAAAGCCAGGGUCAAGCUGGUUUGGCCUUCGUGAUGCGUUUUCCAAAGCCCAUUGGUAGAGGAGCACAAGUUUUUAUGCAGUUACUAACUAUUGUGGAAAAAAAUAAGAGCUUUAGCCAUUUCGUAUUAAAACUAAGAAAACAAGUUUCUAAUUCUCUGAGCAUUUUUAGGGAUAACCCUAGGAGAUAUUUGUCAGUGAUGGUAACAACAUGAUAUUUGAAAGAAUAAAUUACUAGGAUCUUUUAAAUGGUACUAUAGGUAACCUUAAUUAGUAUCACAUACUAAAAGACAAGUAUAAUUUUUGAAAAAUAUUUAUUUCUUGUUUGAUGAAAACAACGUUUCUCAGCAAUGCAUUUAAAAAAAUCUUUUGGCUUUAAAUUAAAAAUGCCCAUAAUGUACCCUUGGCAGACUUCAGCCUAUACCAAAUUUUAAAUUUAAAUCAGUUUGAAUUCAGUGGGUUAUACAAAUCAUUUUAGCUGUUUUAGGGCUUUUUAUUGAAUAAAAAAUAUAAACAGAGUUGUGGAGUAAUGAGAAAUCUUCCACACUGAAAAAAGAAAAACUAGUAGUUUUUUUUUUUUUUUGGAAUCUAAUUUUCUCAGGUGUAACUGGCUUUCAUUAGAUCAUACUUUUCCUGAAAUUUGUACAAUGUGUUCAUUAAAUAUAAAAACUGACAAGAUAAAUACAGUGUUUCAACUUAGCUUGUGAUUUUUCUGUUUUUCUCUGACCCAUCAUUGAUUCUAUAAAAAAGUGCCAGGCCAAGAAACAAUAGUUAGAGUAACUCUUCCUUUAAGUUCUUUCAGCAUUCUUGCCAAGCACGCAUGUGUCAUUCCUGAUGUACUUCUGCCAUUGACAGCAAGAAGAAUAUCACCACAUCUAGAAAAACAAAGAGAUGAUUAAUAUUUUAAUUCAUUGCUGAAGCUAAUCAAAGUUUAUUUUAGUGGUCCUAGCUUUUCCUACAUCUGACCAUUUUAAUUAUAUGAACUUCUAAUUUAGAUAUUUCUUGCCUCUUAUUUACAUUCUUCAAUCUCAAUAUCCAUUCAGCCUAUGUUAGAGGAGAAUGUAUGGGAAGUUGUAAUAUGGUGCCAAGAACAUGUAUAAUUAUUUUGGAUUUCUCAGAAGUUGAAUGCUAUAUAAAUAGUUUAAAUCCCCACAAAGUAUAAUAAAUACAUGCCUUAUCUCAAAUAGGCCAAACUUUCGCAUUUAUGAAACAACAUUUAAGUUUUUUUUUUUUUUUGUUAGUCAUUAUUACCUAAUUCUUCCAUCAUGGUAUGCUGGUGUUCCUUCAACAAUGGAUUUGAUGAAAAAAGGUUUGUUUCCAUUGUAUUCUUCAUAACCUCCUACAAUGCAGAAGCCCAGACUUCCAGCUGUGUUUCUUCGUAAUAUAAUAUCUUUACAGUUAUACAAGUACCUGAAAUAGAAUGUAAUCAGUGUACAUCCACAUUGAAGUUUCACAGUUAAGGGAAUACUUUCUGUGAUUCAUCCCCCAUUCCUUUUGUUGGUAUUUUAAAGGCCAAGUAGCACUGCAUAGGUCCCAGUCAAAAUUGUAUCAUAACUUGGUGACUUGUGCUAACUGGCUUUUUGUAAUUGAACCUCUGUUUUCCAUAAUUUUUAACAUCCUUAAAAAAGUGACACCCCUAUUGUAUUGUUACACAUUUAUUGGGAAAGAUAACCAUUUUUAGCUUAAAAGAAGACAUUGCUCGAAUUUGUAUUAGCAAAAAGUUGGAUAGGCCUAAACCCUUAUUGAUGAACAAACAUGGAUGUCAUAUUUUUGAAAUAAUUUUUAAUGAAGGCAAAAAUCCUUUGAAUAAUCUCGAUGAAAGCAAUUUAGACCUAAUCUUAAUAAAUGAAUUUGUAUACUUUGGCCUUUGAAAAACACCAGUUUACACCCAUUUCUACACAUUUGAUAAAUCAUAGGGAAGCAUUUAGGCAUAAAGUGAAUGGAAACAGAUACAUUUAAAGAUUAUGAGAACAUAUAGGAGGAAAAACGCAGUAAACUGGAUCAGAAGUUAUAAAAGGAAUAGGAGAAGGAAAGGCUCAGCUCUUCUGUAAAUUAGUAGAAUACUCAAUAAAAUAGCAAAUGAGAUUGAAGACGUUUUUAUUCAGUGGCCUCCAAUGGAUCAGUGUUCACCUAGGUACAGGACAAGUGUUAACUGUUACAGUCGCCACAGAAGUGUGUGUCACGAGCUGAAUUUUACUCCAAGAUGACCUUGUGUCGUUGUAGUUGUAGUCCAGGAACUGGUUUGAAAGGAAAUUAGCAUUUUCAUGUUGGAAAAAAUCAAGAUAUGGCUAUUUUGUUUAUAUACUGUAUCUUAAAAUAUUAACUGCUUUUUAAAAACCAAUAAAAAGUCUUGUGAAAUGUUAA